AGUUCUUCCAACGCUGGAGUAAAAUAUAUAUUGAAUGCAGUAGAGAGCGUGCAAGUUGAAUAUCACAGAAUUUCUAUUGUGACGCUCGGUUGUAUUAUAUUUGUGCUAUUCAAUAUUGAAGGAUGGCAUGCAGGCUCACAUAGUCGUUUGUAGGCCUAGCGAUGGGUUCUCAACCUCAACAAACAAGUCGAAGAAAGCCAUUAUUAUUUCCAGUAACUCGUGUUCAUUUUCCGUGUUGGCAUUUGUCGUGUCUAUGAGAGGUAUAAUCAUCGCAGUAUUACAAACAUCAUCCGUGCCAACAUGGGCAAUGUCACAUGCGUACUGAAGGUUUGACGUUGAUAUAUGUGUUCAAGUAAGAAUGGAAAUGAAGCAAGCUGCUGCAACAAGCGAGACAGAUCAGGAGAAUGCGACGACUAACCGCAUCAUUACGGCAGCAAAAUAUGGCACUUUUGAUAAAUUGCGAGACGCUUUGGAGGCGGAUUCCAGUAAGAUUAACACUACAAACAGCAAUGGAUUGUCACCACUCUUUUUAGCCGUGAAAGGGGGCAGUCUGCCAUGUGUUAAACUUCUCGUCUCGAAAAACGCAGACGUGAAUAUGAUGGCUAGAUCAAGCCUGGUUGUGACAGGACCGUCGGAGGAUGCAUGGACACUAGCUUACUCUGAGUGUGCAUUAUCACCAUUCCUUCUUGCCUGUCGACUCGGCCACCAGUCGAUAGUCGAGUUCCUGUUCUACAACGGUGCUGAUCUACGCCAGACCAGUGCCGAUGAUGAUCUCAAUUGCUUAUCCUUGGCCAUCAUGUAUAACCGGGAGGAUACUUCGAAGUUUUUGGUGACGCAUACCGAUUUCGAUACACUCUUGGUCCUUAUGAAGACGAAGUCACAUGACCUCACUUUGGGCCUUGGACGUCGACCAUUCAAAAUUUCCACGCCUAUGAGACAGCUCAUACAAUAUAUGCCUGAUGUAGCUGAGAUCGUAAUGGAUAGAUGCAUCACAUUAAAUGAAAAUGGCGAUGAAGUCACGUGCUAUCUGGAACUUCUCGAUGACUACUUUUCUCCUUGGGCGCAGCAGAAGAAAUAUACCAAUGAUGUCUUUGGUGAUGAAGGAAACUUACUAGUGAAUGCUCAACCAAAUCGUACUCACAUAGAAGAUGACAAUACUGAUGUCUUUGACGACGACGGAAAGCUAGUCGUGGACGUUGAACCGAAUCAUACUCAAAUAAGAAAUGGUAAUCACCCAUUGGCCCUCAUGCAAGAACAGGUGCGCCACGUCCAUCUUCUGACCCAUCCUCUGUCCAUCAAGCUCAUCGAACACAAAUGGCGAGUCUUUGGAUUCGCGUUGAACUUGGUCUCGCUCCUUGUGUAUCUCAUCUUUCUAUUUUUCCUCACUGGAUACGUGUUGGUGAAUCCUCCUUCUUUCUACUUCACGUUCUACAAUGCAACCCACGUCGAAUGGUUCUACAAUGCGAGCAAGCUGUUACCUGAUGAAACGUAUUCUGAUGCUGCAAAGUAUUUCUUUGGGAGUAACAGUGCUGGAUUCCUGUUGACGUUGGUUGUCCUCAAUGUUAUCAAAGAGAUAUUUCAGUUGUACAGCCAAGGGCAGAGUUACUUUAAUUACCAGAGUCUUUUAGAAUGGUCUAUCUACGUGUUGACAUUCUGUCUCGUAAUACCAGUCAGUGAAGCCCAAUACGAAGAAUAUGUGUUAAGACAGAAAUGGCAAUGGCAGUGUGGUGCAUUGGCUAUCUUUCUGGCAUGGAUUAACCUCACCCUCUACGUUCGACAAACGUCAACCCUCGGUAUCUACGUCAUCAUGUUUGAAGAUGUUCUACUCAGUACUGUUCAAUUUCUUGCCGUCAUCUUGCUCUUCAUUGUGGCAUUUGCUUUGGCCUUCAACACCUUACUUUUAAAUCAGACCGAUUUCCAUUCCUUCGGGGAUGCCUUUCUUCGAACGUUUGCCAUGACAACAGGAGAGCUUGAUUUUAGUCGGAUGUUUCACUCUCAGAACUACCUUGGGACUAAGAACGAGAGCCCAGUUGAAGACUACAUUCUGACUGCUGUCUUCUCAGAUAUCAUCACCAGCAUCACCUUUGUUGUCUUUGUCAUCACGAUGCCCAUCAUUGCCAUGAACUUGUUGGUUGGUGUAGCCGUUGAGGACAUUCAUCGCAUAAGGCAGAAGGCAACAUUCUAUUACAUGAAGUUAAAGGUGGAUAGUGUAAUAUCAGGAGAGAAUAUGGCUUUUGGUACCCCACUACGUAAAUACGUCAUAAGAUGGCUUCCUAUCACGGUUCAGUCGAUGAAGAUGCGACUUUCACGUCAAUCCAGAGCAGCAAGGUUUCGUUCUUGGUUUACUUCUGUCUUCGAUUUUGAAAAGCUUCGAGAAACCGUUCGAGAGGUCUGUUUGAAAAACCAGGAGAGAAAAGAACUUCGCGCAAAGAGUUCAUCUAGCAGUCAGGGUGACCAGACCGAUGGUGGAAAUGACCAAACCGUUCUUCAAAAGCUACGUCAAAUGCGAGACGAAAUCAAUGGAAUGAUAAGUCAAGUUGAACAUAAUACUGUCUAAAGGUAUAGGAAAAGUAAAGAGAAACGGCGAGCGGAAUUAUAUUCGUCUAUGCUAAACAUUCAUUCUACAGAUGCCUUUAUCGAGUUUUCACUCCCUUUAAUUGUUCAAUCUCGAAUUCUACGUGGGAGAAACAAGUCUAGAACUCAAAGUGAUGAAAGAGGAUGGUGCACUGAUCUGACACUUUGUCAUUUUGGUAACUACCAUGAUAACAGGGAAAGCUGCCAGUGGUACGUACUGUGAUGGCGAACUUACCUCUCAUUUGGGCCCUAAGCUUCAGUACUACCUUCCGUACCUUGUCCUAUAAGACAUGACCUGAUGGAAGAAGGAACCACUACAUGCUCACUUUCUCACCCCUCCAAAAAUACCCACGAAUUGUUUUUAGACGCGCCAUUUUGUUUCAAAUUUUGAAAGAGAAAACACAAUUCAGUCAAAGUAUAUGAGUCACAUUACUGUACAGUUCAUGGAGUGAAAAUUUCGAUAAUGCAAAACAUCCCGAAGCUUAGCUUCAUUGAUUUUCUAUCAUGUUUUCUUCACCUUUUUCUGCGUAAAAUCUUUUAUAUUGGAAUGGAGCGAGUGCAAGAAAAAUAUCUUAUUUCUAGAAAUGAGCAAUAUGAAUGAUUUUUUUAGCUUUUAUGUAGGGCCUAUAUUAGACCGCUUACAUUACCCAAUUCGCUCCCACCACCUUAUGCAUUAUACGUAUUAUGAUACAUUAAACAAGCUAGCGGAAGAAAAAUAAACACUUUAUGUGAUAUAGUUCAUCAUAAAUCGCGCUAUUCAGUGCGUAUCAAAAAAAGUUUACACUUUGAAAAAGCCCUGGGAAUUAAAAAAUAUACAACAUGUGGGUAACUUUUUCACAUAUAAUAUUGGGUUUGGGUCUCAUCUAUUCAGUGAAAGUAAAAGUUUUGACAGAAUGUUACACUUGAGUGGGCACUGUCCAUUUUUGUAAAGCUCGCAGAAAUGCUCGUUUUCACGCUGUGUAGGGGAAAGGGCAAAAUCAAACUUACCCUGCGAAACAUCUUUUACAUUUCCCUUGCACUUUUAGUCAAUUGAAGUAAAACGGAUACAUUUAAGCAUUUUGUAACAAUUUUGCCACCCAAAUUGAAAUUUCAACACUUAGUAAUAAUAAUAAUAAUAAUAGCCAAUUUUUAUAAAGCGCUUUUCCCAGAAUGGCUCAAAGCGCGUUACAGCAUAUUAUUACCCCGGUCAUUGGAUUCAUUUCAAUCCCGCACGAAAAAUGCACAAUUUCCACUCCCUGGGGAGCAUUCCUUGCAUUCAUCGCAGCCUCAUAAUGGCGCUGGCCAAAUCAAACAUACAAUAUCUUUCGCAUCCUACCGGAUACCCAUUUAGCACCUGGGUCGAGAGUGGCAAAGUGUGGAUUAACGCCUUGCCAAAGGACGCUAGACUGCGAUGGGAUUCGAACACACGACCAUCUGUAUACAAGGCGAGAGUCAGAACCACUACACCACGGCUCUUCCACAACCUUUACCCUUUUUGUGCCAGCUGGAUCUGAGGACAUAAAUGAAUCUGAACAAACGUUUAUAUCAGACAUCUCCAGCAUUUUUUCACUAAGUUUUUAUCAUUUAAAGUGAGUUUACAUUUCAUUUUUCAUUUAAUACUUGUUUCUCCACACUUUUUCCAAACUUGACAAUGAUUAACAAAAUGAAAAUCGAGCCUAAGCCAUUUCAUGUAAAUCACAGCUCAGUGUAAAAUAAAUAUCGUCACGAUGGACUCGGUGUGUGGGGGGAGUGGUGUGGGGCGCAAUGCACUCUUCGAAGUGUUUUGGGCAAGGAAACAAGUUAAAAAGGGUAAAAAGAUAUCUUCAAAUAAAUUUUACUAGCUAAAUUCCACGUAUUCUUCAUGAUAAAGGUCUACUUUUAUUCGCAUAACUAUUCCAAAGUUCUGCGCAAAUCAUUUUUCACUAACUUUUCAACAGUAAGUGGUGCUCACUCAAGCGGAAAUAUUUUUUGACAGUUAUAUCGUCAUUUGCUUAAAUGGAUCUGUACCAAUGUCAAAAUGUGGAAAAAUCUUCAGGAUAUUAAAAAUAUAUAAUCUCACAGGAUUUUUUCUAAGUGUAAACCUUUUUUUGGAUACGCACUGUAUAAGCAUACCGUAGUAAAAACGAUGUUUAGAUUCAAUCUUUAGACUGCAUCUCCGUAAUGUCUUUUCCUUGUAAUUCUUUUGAUUAUUGUUUGAUAACAAAUAAUAUUGAUCACCUAAGAUCUUGUUUAGGCCAUUGUCGAACGAGGAAAGAAUCUGUUCUUAGAGGCCUUAUAUUUCUUACUAAAACAAUAUGGAUGGAUACCUUGUUGGAAAUUUUAUUGUGUAUUUAAUCAUCAAAAUGGCUGAAUUUGCUUGUUUUCUAAAUUGCGUUGCCCUUUCUGUCAUUUAUGACAACACAACACAACAAUUUAUAUUAUACGAUUUUGCAUGAAAACAAAUUAAAGAAUAUGGAGGGCAUGUGUGUGUGUGUGUGGGGGGGGGGUCAUAAUGCUUUCAUUUAUCAACAAACUUUUUAUAAAGUUCUAUCUUGUGUACAUCUUUUUCUUGAACUUUUUGUUUAGCUUGCUAAUCGUAAUUAUUCACCGUACGCAAAGGAGUAACAGCGAGAUUUAUAUUUUUUUAUGUUACAAGCGUACUAUGAUAUCUUAGACAAAUUAUUACAAUCUUACGAUCACGGUUCGGUACAGAUAUGAUUAGUUAUAUAAUAUCUAGAUUAGAUGUUAUAUUUAAAAAUGUCAUUAUUUGGCAGAUUAUUUUCCGAUGAUUAAAUUCAUUUUGAAAUAAAUAAUAUAAUGCAGAAAUCAAUUAUGUGUA